GGAGGUGGUGGAGGAGGAGGCGGCUGGGGAGAGCGAGCAGCGAGCUGGAGCGCGGAGCGCGAGUGAGAGAGCCGAGCCGCCCGCCGCCGCCUCCCCUCCGUAAGCAGGAGCCCCGGCCGGGGCCCGGCACGCCGCCCCAGCCCCUCCCUCGUCGUCAGGCCGCGGGGACAGCGCGCGCGAGCGAGAGAGGGGGAGGGAGAGCGACCGAGCGAGCGAGCGCCGGGAGGAGGCGGCCGGACCGAGCGAGCGCCCGCGCGUGUGGCGUGAGGGGAAGCCGCCUGCCCGCCCCCUUCGCCUUCCCUUCUCUCCCCCUCCCCGCUCCCCCCCCGACCGCGGAGCAGCACCAUGUCGGCGCCGGCGGCCAAAGUCAGUAAAAAGGAGCUCAACUCCAACCACGACGGGGCCGACGAGACCUCAGAAAAAGAGCAGCAGGAAGCAAUUGAACAUAUUGAUGAAGUACAAAAUGAAAUAGACAGACUUAAUGAACAAGCCAGUGAGGAGAUUUUGAAAGUAGAACAGAAAUAUAACAAACUCCGCCAACCAUUUUUUCAGAAGAGGUCAGAGUUGAUCGCCAAAAUCCCAAAUUUUUGGGUAACAACAUUCGUCAACCAUCCACAAGGUAUGCUGUGGACAGAGGAAAACAAUAUUGUGGACUUGACGAAACGUUCCAGUCAAACACAGAAUAAAGCCAGCAGGAAGAGGCAGCAUGAAGAACCAGAGAGCUUCUUUACCUGGUUUACUGACCAUUCUGAUGCAGGUGCAGAUGAAUUAGGAGAGGUCAUCAAAGAUGAUAUUUGGCCAAAUCCAUUACAAUACUACUUGGUUCCUGAUAUGGAUGAUGAAGAGGGGGAAGGAGAAGAAGAUGAUGAUGAUGAUGAGGAAGAAGAAGGCUUGGAAGAUAUUGAUGAAGAAGGGGAUGAGGAUGAAGGUGAAGAAGAUGAAGAUGAUGAUGAAGGAGAGGAAGGAGAGGAGGAUGAAGGAGAAGAUGACUAACAGAACACUGAUGGAUUCCAACCUUCCUUUUUUAAAAUUUUCUCCAGUCCCUGGGAGCAAGUUGCAGUUUUUUUUUUUUUUUUUUUUUUUUUCCUCUUGUGCUCAGUGGCCCUGUUCUUGAGGUCUCUUUUCUCUACACCAUGGUUCUCAACUUAUUUUGGGGGAAAAUACCUUGCAGAAUACAAUGGGAAAAGAAUCUCUACCCCUUUCUGUUCCAAAUUCAUUUUUAUCCCUUCCUGUCUCAACAAAAACUGUAUGGAUCAACACCACCGAGCUCUGUGGGAAAAAAGAAAAACCUGCUCCCUUCGCUCUGCUGGAAGCUGGAGGGUGCUAGGCCCCUGUGUAGUAGUGCAUAGAAUUCUAGCUUUUUUCCUCCUUUCUCUGUAUAUUGGGCUCAGAGAGUACACUGUGUCUCUAUGUGAAUAUGGACAGUUAGCAUUUACCAACAUGUAUCUGUCUACUUUCUCUUGUUUAAAAAAAGAAAAAAAAACUUAAAAAAAUGGGGUUAUAGAAGGUCAGCAAAGGGUGGGUUUGAGAUGUUUGGGUGGGUUAAGUGGGCAUUUUGACAACAUGGCUUCUCCUUUGGCAUGUUUAAUUGUGAUGUUUAACGGACAUCCUUGCAGUUUAAGAUGACACUUUUAAAAUAAAUUCUCUCCUAAUGAUGACUUGAGCCCUGCCACUCGAUGGGAGAAUCAGCAGAACAUGUAGGAUAUUAUUUGGAAUUGACAUUCUCUAUUGUAAUUUUGUUCCUGUUUAUUUUUAAAUUUUCUUUUUGUUUCACUGGAAAGGAAAGAUGAUGCUGAGUUUUAAACGUUAAAAGUGUACAAGUUGCUUUGUUACAAUAAAACUAAAUGUGUACACAAAGGAUUUGAUGCUUUUCUCUCAGAAUAGAUGUACUUUCUAUGAUCUAAGUUUGACUUGUAUAGCAUCAUUGUCAAACUUUGUCACCCUAACUUCGUAUUUUUUGAUACGCACUUUGCAGGAUGACCUCAGGGCUAUGUGGAUUGAGUAAAGGGAUUUGAAUCAAUGUAUUAAAUGUGUCCGCGGCUAGGCAACACGGAUACAAUUGCCAUGGUUUCUGAAAAUAUGUUAUUUGGGAUAUCAGAAUGCUCAAAUGUGCCCUUGAUUUUUAUCUCCAAUUGACAGUUUUUAAAAUGGGCCUUUUAGCUGGGUAUAAAAUAGUGCCUGCCACCACCAUCAAACAGACCUGGUGCUCUAAUGCCAAGUUAUGCAUGGGGCAGUUACUGGCAUGUCUUCAUUGGCUUUGUAAAAUGUGGUCAAGAAAAUAGGCUGUCAGAGUAAGAAGGCCAUGUUGGUGGUUAGGAGUCACUUUGUCUAAGUCCCAUCUCUCUCUAGCAUAAAGCUCUCUGACUGUGAAUCUGGGUGGUAUGAACUCUGUCUGCUCAAUGCCAUUGUGCAGAGAAGCUCCCUAAUGCAUAAGCUUUUUAAUGCUGUAAAAUAUAGUAGCUGAAAUUAAAUGCCACUUUUUCAGAGGUGAAUUAAUGGACAGCCUGGUCAAAUUCAAAGCUUUUUGAUGUAUAAAACUUUAUAAAUGGAACUAUUCCAUCAAUAGGCAAAGUGUAACAAAAACCUGUCUAGAUGGAUAGUAUGUAAUUUCUGCACAGGUCUCUGUUUAGUAAAUACAUCACUGUAUACCAAUCAGGAAUCUUGCUCCAAUAAAGGAACAUAAAGAUUUUU